AGAGUAGCAUCGCUACAGCAACUUCGUAGAUAUUGUAAAUCACGCGUAUUUUUUCUUAAAUAUAGUUUGAUGCAGUUUCUUCUUAAAUGGUGCGAAGACGUCUUGUUCGGCUUGGAAUCGAUUCAACAAAUGUUUUAGAUCAAUUCCAGAGGAUGCGAAUGCACGUGUCUCUGGUUCGAAGAACACGUGCAAGAAAUAUUGUGUCUUCGUUUCUUGUGCUUUGGAACUUGUGCCAAACACGCUCCUCUAAGUUUCAGUACGAAGGCCAUGAACCGAGAUCUGAUGAUUAUUCUGGAGAAUUCCAUGUGCUAUUAGAGAGUAUGCGAGUACUAUUGUUCCUACCAGAAAGCUAUAUUAUCCCGAGGCGCUCAAGCGAGUUAUCUCUUUCAAGAAUUUUGUUCGUAGUGGGAAAUGUAUCAAACAGGCAAAAUAAGCAAGUGACUAAAGACCCUGCAAAUUCCAGGAGGAAAAUUCUUCAGAUUUGUUUGAUUUAUUUUCCAGAAAAGUCUGAAUGAGAAAACUAAAAAUGGAGAAGAAAUAAAGAAACGAAUAAAAGAAGAAACAUUCUCCA